AUAAAAUAUUGGGUUCGAGAUGAUUCAACCCUCUCUUCCUUCUGGUUUUUCUUGAUUCUGUAAACUCCCCAGUACCUAUCAGCUAACCCAUUCCACGGAAUCUCAGCCGUCCGACCCUGAAUUUUUCUUGAAUGAUCUACACUCAAUAAGAUCAUCAUCAAACCUUUUCCGUCACCAUUAAAAGGUAGAAACUAAUCCAGCCAGUUAAUAUUAUCGUCCUGACCCAUGCAGGUCCAAAAUCUGACCCUCCUCUAUUCCGCAUCGGUAGCAUAAACUUGCGGAUCUCCCUCCCUCAACCUUUCUCAUGCUUCCCUUUACUCGAACAGAUUAACAAUGAACAAUGAGCAACAAACUCUAAUCUUCUAAGCACUUUAUAGCAUUCAACGAAAGCACUUACGCAGUAACCAGGCAUUUGCGAUGAGAAGAGAGGAGAGGAGAAGGGCAGCAACAGACAUCGAAAGACAACCACAGGACCUACCUACCUAUUAGCGACCAACGAGAAUCUAUCAUAUUAUACCAUCAUACCAGACCAUAUCAUCCAUCCACCGGUCCACUCACUUGCUCACAGCCACUACAACUACAUCGUACAUAUUACAUAUUACAUACAUACAGACAUACAGACAUACAGACAUACAGAUAUACAUACAUACAUACAUACAGACAGACUACAUCCAACUCAAAACUCGACUUUCAACCCACCCACCACCACUAUCCAAGUGACAGUACCCCCUCUAAGUCUAAAAAAAAGAAGAAAAAGAAAGAAAAAAAAAAAAGAAAAAAAAAACCCUGAAUUGGAUACCAUCAGCCUUCUUUCCUUCUUUCUUUCCUGCCCUCUAUUUGCCCUAAUUCUUUACCCGUUAAGGAUUAUUCACCAAAAACUCAAUCAUCCCCGUCACAAAUCCGUCAUCGAAUCCUAUAGAUCUAUCGCUUACAUUUCUCUCGCCCAUUUCGAAAUCUUAACUUACCCAAGUCCCAAAGGAGAAGGAUUUGAUUUCAGGAAAGGAUAUACGAACAACCAAGCAAGCAAACAAGCAUUGAGAGAGUAAUCAAGAAACCUUCUUUCGACUUUAUUAUUAGAUUUGGUGUCAUCCGUUGUCAUCUGCGCAAAGUCAACCACGAUCCACCCACCUUCUAACCGUCGGUCAAUUUACGAGUACCACGAUCACCCUGCCGUACCAAAUACGAUCAUUACAAACCUCAUUUCAAAAAACCGCAUUUCCACUCUACGUCGCAGUGAAUAGAAACGAUGGCAAUUACGUCCGAUUAAUAUCCUUUUGGUUAUCUGGUAAAUAGUCUCACUCGCCCACGGAAGGAAGGAAUCAUAUUGUAACGAAAAGGAUAAAAGGUUUGGCGCUUCAAAUUCAAAUGGUUGUCAAAGCAGCAACGAGACCUUCACCCAGGUCUUCUCAGUCACAUCCACAUCCAUAUCCACAUUCGCAUUCGCAAUCACAAUCACAGUCACAACCACAUAGAACCGCUACAAAUCCAUCUUCCACGAGCCCAAUCAUGAGUCCAGCAGCAGGGAGAAUACCUGCAUCCGUAGGGCAGACUCUGCCGCCUACUUCCGCCUUACGAUCCCCAGGUAUUCAAGCCGAGCAAGUUCGGAGUGCCAGUCCAAAUUACUUCGGUCUCAUUGUUGAACCGUCAAGUAAUCCUAGAGAAACCAACGCUCUACCCAAAGCAAAUUGGAGUCCUACCACGUCUUCUAUAUUCUCAUUUGGUGGUGCCACACCAGAGCAUAUACCUAUAAACUCAAAUCCUGACUUUGAGGCUUUCAAAAAGCAAUCUGAAUCUAAUAACAGAUUCAAUCUGAGUCAUGGGGGUCUGGCAAAUUUCUCAAUGUCCCCAGGUCCUUCCUUACUCCGUCCAAAGAACGAGAAAAAAUCCUCCAAAGUCGAUGCACACGAUGGACCUCCGUCACCUAGAUCCAUUCCAAGAAAUAGGGAUGCACCAUCACGGGAUGGGGAUGUUGAUAGUGGAGCGGAUUCAGCAUAUGUAUCUUCGUCCGAACGAGUGCCGACUUCUUCCACAAACCCUCCUUCAUUCUUCGAAUUCCCACGCCAGAUGUCACCUGCCAGUUUUUCAUCUUCAAUGUCACCCGUGCAAAGAAGCAACCUCUCACAUCUAGACGAAAGACACCCUAGACUUUCUUUACCUCAAAAUAAAGCAGAUCCUCCAUCGCCACGAGCACCACAACCGCGUCAACAUCAGCGAGCGGACACACUCCCAUCGAUGUUAGAAGAUGGGCCAGCCAUGAUCACGCCAGCACAAUUGAAGGAAAUGAUGGAUCGUUGUCCCUCGAUAGAAUUGUUGCUACUCGACUGCCGAACUUUUAGCAUCUACUCACAAUCAAGGAUUGGAAAUGCCCUCAAUUUAUGCAUACCCACAACCUUGUUAAAACGACCUUCAUUCAAUCUUCAGAAGCUUCAAGAUACUUUUACCAAUGAGGAAGACAAAAUCAGAUUCUCAAAAUGGAGGCAAGCCAAAUAUAUCGUUGCUUAUGACAAUAGAUCUUCAGAUAAAAAAGAUGCAGCACUAGCUAUUAAUACCUUGAAAAAGUUUACCAACGAAGGCUGGAACGGAGCAAGAUAUAUAUUGAAAGGUGGAUUUGAUACCUUUGCACAGAAUUUUCCAAGGUUAAUUGACCGGGGCUCCACACAAUCCUCACAGCCAUCACGAAUCAAUCUUACACUUGGAACGGCAUUGCCUGGAGUUGCACCAGUCGCUGGUGGAUGUGCCAUGCCGGCAACAAACAAUGCAGCAAACCCAUUUUUUGGCAACAUUCGACAAAAUCAAGAUCUUAUGGAUGGUGUUGGUCAGAGAGAUAUUGCAGUCCCUGAGGAUCUCGCGAGAGACCCAUCUGCUAUGAGUGUUGUUCCCAGGUGGUUAUCAAAGGCUGCAAAGAAAGAAGAUCAUGGCAAGAUUGUUUCAGACAGAUUUCUUCACAUUGAGCAAGCAGAGUUGGCAAGGAUGAGAAAGGCAUUAUCACAAGGAGUUCGAUAUGGAAAUGGGUCAGAAGCCUCGAAUAAUUCUAAUGAUGUUCAGAUCGCGGGUGUUGAGAAGGGUAGCAAAAACAGAUACAACAACAUUUGGCCAUUCGAGCAUGCCAGAGUGAAACUACAAGGUCGUACGGAGGGCACGUGUGAUUAUGUUAACGCAAGUCAUAUCAAGGCAUCGAGGAGUAAUAAACGUUAUAUUGCUUCUCAAGGGCCCUUGCCUGCAACCUUUGAAGAUUUCUGGAGUGUAAUUUGGGAUCAAGAUGUCCGAGUCAUUGUCAUGUUGACAGCGGAAGCAGAGGGAGGACAACUGAAAUGCCACUCGUAUUGGUCUGAUAACGAAUAUGGCCCCCUCAAGCUUAAAAAGGUAUCCGAAAAGAAAGUUCACCUUGAUGCUACUAAACAUCGAAAUUCUACAGACAGAAGAGAUUCUGGACGAAAGCGCGCAAGUACUACUCAAAUUACACCCCCGUCUCCUACAACAGAAGAUGCUCAUGUCACCGUCCGGAAAUUUACACUUUCCCAUGCCGCCCAUCCUUUUACACCAAUGCGAGAAAUCACACAAGUACAUUAUUCUUCCUGGCCAGAUUUUGCUUCGCCGGCAAAACCUAGUCAUUUGCUCGCUCUCAUUCACCUCGCCAAUUCUAUGCAACGCGCCGCCGCUUCCGUAACCGAGACUCCCCGAUCAGGCGAGCCUGAAGGAGAAAACACAAGACCAAUGCUUGUACAUUGUAGUGCGGGCUGUGGUCGCACGGGAACCUUUUGCACAAUUGAUUCUGUGAUUGAUAUGUUGAAACGUCAACGCAAAGAACAAAAACACGGUACUACACCUAUGGAAUUCGAUGAUCCUAGUAGCGGCGAUUAUAUGGGACGGGGAAGACCGGGAAAGAAAGCAGAUAUGGAUUGGGUCUUUGAUCAAGAUACCGAUUUGGUGGAGAAAACGGUGGAGGAUUUUAGAGGACAGAGAUUAAGCAUGGUGCAGAAUCUCCUGCAGUAUGUACUUUGUUACGAAACGGUUUUGGAAUGGGUGGCGCAGCAGGUGGUGGGGAAUGGAAAUGGGAAUGGAAAUGGAAAGGGAGGAGAGGGAUCCAGGGGUGUUAGAGAUAGAAGUGGUAGUUUGAGUGAGUAUCAAUAUUAAUUAAUAAGUUUUGAGAGACUUUGAUUUAACAGAAAGUCGAAUAGUGGAGAAACAUUAUUCUGCUCUUGCUUCUUUUUAUACUAUACCGUUUUCUUCUUCUUUCUUUCUUUCUCUCUUUCUUCUUUUGAUUCGGCAUUGGAGAUUUGGCAUUGGGGAUUCAGGAUUCUUUCUUUUGAUGCGAGUCGAUACCGAUCGAUAGGAAUCAAAUCAAUGAUUUGCUGAGCAAUAUGUAUAUCGUUGUGUAUAUAUAUCAUGUAUCAUGUAUGUUUAUACGAAUUUGAUGGAUGGAGGGAAUGAUGGAUGGAUGGAUAGAUGACAAUAGAAAGACGAGCGAACAAGCGAGCGAGCGAGCGAAUUUUAUGAUUUGUUUAUUUGAGCAUACGUAGUGUAGCAUACAUAGCAUAGCAUAGCAUAUAGAUAUACCUAUAUUUCCUACAACGUAGUUCAUACACGA